CGUGUCAGUGCGUCACCACUGUCACUUCUCACUUGUAUUUGUGUGACACUGUGGACCAUGUCCGUGUUGUUUUCUUAGAACGUGUUGUUGCCGCUCUGUUAUUAUUUAAUAUCUAUUUUAUCAUUUAUGAUUACAAUAAAAUUACGUCUUCCGAUUGUUUUUGUUAAAUAUAAGUAUUAACUCUUGUAUUUAGUAAUUAGUAUUUACCAUCUACUCGUUCUAUAUUUUAACACACAAUACACGAAGGAAUACGAAUUAUUUGGAUUUUAGAUUAACCAGCACAUCGUGUUUAGUAUUCAUAAUGGGAGUUGACGCUGAAUUAGUAAAAACACAUGUUCGCCCUAGGUGUUUUAUGGAUGUAGCUGUUGAUAAUAUUAUUUUGGGACGUAUUGUGUUUGAACUGUUUGAUGACUUUUGCCCACUGACUUGUGAAAAUUUCCGAGCGUUGUGUACAGGUGAAAAAGGUUUGGGUAAAACUACUGGUAAACCUUUGCAUUUUCAAGGGGUAAUUUUUCAUCGCGUCGUAAAAUCAUUCAUGGUACAAUGUGGAGAUUUUUCAACCGGGAAUGGUACAGGUGGUGAAUCUAUAUUUGGAGGAACUUUUCCAGAUGAAAACUUUGAUUUGAAACAUGAUCAACCUUUUUUACUUUCAAUGGCUAAUCGAGGACCAGAUACAAAUGGUUCACAAUUUUUUAUAACAACACAACCAACUCCUCACUUAGAUGGUAUACACGUGGUAUUUGGAAGAGUGGUUUCUGGCCAGCCGGUUGUUAUGCAGAUUGAAGAACUUGGAGUAGACAAAAAUUCACGCCCACUUCAAGAUGCAAAGGUGGUGAAAUGUGGAGAACUUAUUUUGAAGUCUAAAAUUAAACAAUCUGAGAAAAGUGUAUCUGAUAGCGAAACAAGUUCAGGAUCAGACGAUGACAAAAAAAGAAAACGAAAGAAAAAAAAGAAGGAAAAAGAAUCGAGAAAAAAAACAGAAAAGAAAUUGGACCGUUCAAAAGAUGAAGAUGAUGAUGCUGAAGCAGAAGGUCAGCUACAUCCACUUGUAUCUGUUUCUAAUAUUGACCCUGAAGAAAUACCAGCUGGACCUCCUAAUAGAUUUUUGUCUCGAGGGGGUCCUUCAUCUAUGUUUCUUAUGAAACCUCAGCUAGAUAAUGAUGAUAGAUCAAAGAAAAGAAAUAAUAUACGUGGUGUUACAAAAUCUGGCCGGAUUGUUAAAGGUCGUGGAACUCUCAGAUUCCGAACUCCAUCUCGUAGUAGGUCUAGAAGCUAUACUCCACCCCAUUGGAGACAAGAACAAAAAAAAAUGAUAACUUUCAAUGAAUUUGAAAAAAUGGAAAUUGAACGUAAAGAAAAAGAAGAAGAAAUCAAAAGACGAGAAGAAGCCAGAAAAAAGAGACAUGAAGAAAAAGAAAAACAUGAGAAAGGUAAAAAUGGACAAACACCUCCAGGAUCCCCACCUAAGGUUUCUGAGGUACAAAAUGAUAAAGUUGAAAUUGACAUGAUGGCUAAUAUUGAAGAUGUAUUUCAAAUAAUACGUGAUCGUAAUAUGAAAAAUGGUUCAGAUAACCGUGAUCAUAAAAAAUCAGAUCAAUAUUUGAGUGAUACAAUGAAAAAAAGUAAAGGAGAAAAUAGAGAAAAGUUUCAAAAAAUGGAAAAGAAGUUUGAUAGACGUUCUAGGAGCCGCUCACCAAAACGUCGCUUUGAUAACAAUUAUCAUCGAGAUCGAGGGCAAAGAGAUAGAAAUAGAUAUCGUAAAGAUGAUAGGUAUAACAAUAGAUCUAAACAAGGAGGGCAAAAAAAUCGUUCUAGGGAUAAAGAACAUUUUAACAAGAAAAAGAAGAACCAUCGCAGAUCAAGCUCUAGUUCUUCGGAAGAUCGUAAAAAUAAAAAAAAAGUCAGGAAUGAAAAUAGUUUUAGUUUAUCACCUGAAGUCAAAGAUUAAAUUCUCACAAAUAUUUUCGGUUAUUUUGAAGAAUCUAAAGUAGCUGAACUUUAUUUCUAAUUUUAUUUUGUUUUUUAUUAUCAAUUAAAUACCAUUUAUUAUUUUUAAGAUAAUUUGCUACUGAAUGAUUAAAUUAGAACUACUGAAUGUUAUUGAAUUUUGAAUAAUAAAAAUACACAAUGCAGUAGAUACUCGUUAUUAUUACGAAGUGCAUGAUAUUAGAUUUACAACAAAAAAUCAUUCCGACUUCUUAAACAUAAAAAAAAAUUAUUAAAUAAGUCUAAAAUCCAUUAAAUAUGCACUCAAUAUUACCAUAGUAUAAUCACUAAAUACAUAAUGUGGUGUUGACUGUUCAUAAAUACACAUGACACUAAUUAAUUUUGAAAAUAACAGGAGUCCCUAAGUGGAUGGCAGCGCAUUGUUUGUUUUCUCUAUAUCGUCGACACACAAUAUAGACAAAACACAUCCUUUUUAAAAAUGUUUUUGAGUUAUCUUAGGGUAAAAUGGGUAAUAGGUACAUAACAAAAAAGAAGAAGAAUACUUUUGGAGGUCUGACACAUUGAUAGUAUAUCUAAAUAUUGAUAUAAACAUCAUUUAAACUAACAUUAACAUUUUUUUAAAUUUGAAUACAAAGUAUUAGAGCUUUGAUUUUGAUACAAUUUUCAUUUUUUCUAGAGGUAGCUGUAUGAUGCUCGCCUGGUUACAAAUCCAUAACAUGUUCUUUUGAAUGAGAAUAAGAAAAUUUAUUUUGCAUUUUUUGACAAUUUUGGUUUUUGAGUAAUAAAAUUUAUACUGACAUCUCACAGUAUUGUAUAUUACAAAUUUGUUGUUGUUGUUUAUUUACAUUUAGUUUUAGUUUGUAAUUGUUUUUUUCAGAUUAAAAGAAAUCCCGAAAUUUAGUCAACGGAAAAAUUAUCUUAAUUAAUUUUAUUUCAAUUUAAUUUAUUUAACUAAAUAUUAUUUAAAAUUUAUUAAAAAUAGAAACAAUUUACCUGGUUUUUUUUUUUGUGCAUUAUUAAAAAUGUUUAGGGUUUUAUAGGCCUAUAGGGCAUUACAUUCUCAGCCCUAUUAAUUAUAAUAAAAUCAAAAACCAAUAUGUCAUACCUCAAAAUUACCCGCCAUAAAUUUUGUAAUAUAUAAUUUUACUCAAAAAUCAUAAAACUGAUUUUAGGUGAAAACAUUUUUUAUAUUACAUUGUCCACGUGGGUCUGAGAGAAAAAUCAAAUAUUGUACUAACAUCCACUUAAGAUGCAGUUUUUAGAACGGAACUUUUUUAUGAUGUAUGUAAUUUUAAAUCAUUUUUGUAAAAGUUUUUAUUUUAUAUUCUAUUCAUAUCUUUGUGAUUUUCAUUGUAAAAACUUAUUUUGCACUUAUCAGUUCCUUGACUUAUAAUUAAAAUCAACAAAUAAAUUAAACAAUGUGUCACCAA